AUAAAUUUGAGAAAGUAUAUCCUCUUUCUAAAUACGAGAAUAGUACUGAAAAUAUUCAAAUAAAGAACGAACAAUCAUUAUCUGAGACAACAACAGAAGGAGGAACAUUCGAACAAGAUCUGGAAGUAAUCGAAGGAAGCCAAGAGAUAGAUAAUUUCGAACAAUAA